AGUGCACACAGCAACAUCAGUGGCCUCUGAACGCACAACAUGGCAACAAAAAUCAUCUUCUUCACCGUGAACGGGAGACCGGAGCGGGCCGAGUUCCCACUGGACUGCCCUGCGCAGGAUGUCAAAGAUCUGUUCCGCGCUGCAGCCGAGGCAGGACCCCAUGACAUCCUGAAGCUGUACAACCCCAGAGGCAACAUCGUCAACAUCUCCCUGAGUCUGGAGCCCAACAGCCCAAACUCCUGCUACAAGCUGGAGGUUGUGGCCGCCGACUGCAACAGUGCGGAAAUUGCUGGUGCGCUAGGAUUUGACCUCUUCUCCAUGGAGAAAAGGCUGCAGGGCCUGGAGAAGAAAAUCCUGAUGGAGGCCAGUGAGACUCCUGCAGUGGUGUAUGAGAUGAAGAAACAGGUGGAUUCAUUCCGGGAGAAACUAGAGAGUGUGGAGCAUCUGAGUUGGCUGGGGUUGUUCAAAGACCUGUCAGAUGGAACACACAAACCCUCCCCGUUCUACCACAAGAGAACCCUGCAUAAAACCAGGAAGGAGUGUGAGCACGUACGGGAAAAGUUUCUACAAAUGAGCUCCCUGGAAAUGUCGGAGGAAGUGAGGCAGUUCUUAAAGACGCCAACCUUUGAUAACUGGCAGUGGGAGGACGCAGAGAUCAUGGUGCUCUUGCAGGUCAUGUACACAGAUUUAGAUUUCAUAGCAGCAUUCAACAUUGAGCCUGAAGUACUGCAACAGUUCCUGUUUGAGGUCUAUCGAAGAUACAACAACAUCCCUUUCCACAACUUCAAGCACUGCUUCUGUGUUACCCAGAUGAUGUAUGGUUUGAUCUGGCUGACUGACCUGAAGAGUAAGAUGGACAGCAUCGACCUGCUGAUUAUGCUCACCUCGGCGGUCUGCCACGACCUUGACCACACAGGGUACAACAAUGCCUAUCAGAUAAAUGCUCGGACUGAACUUGCUCUCCGCUACAAUGACAUCUCUCCCCUGGAGAACCACCACUGUGCUGUAGCUUUUCAGAUUCUGGAGAAGACAGAGAGCAACAUCUUCAGAAAUGUGUCCAUGGAUCAAUACAAACGAAUAAGGGAAGGGAUCAUCAAAUGUAUUCUGGCAACUGACAUGACAAGGCACAAUGAGAUUCUCAACAAGUUCAAGUCCAUCCUGCCAGCUUUUGACUUCAACAACAGGGACCACAGAGAUGUGCUGAUGAGGAUUCUGAUUAAGGUGAGUGACAUAUCCAAUGAGGCGCGGCCCAUGGAGGUGGCUGAGCCCUGGUUGGACUGUCUUCUGCAGGAAUUCUACAACCAGAGUGAUGUGGAGAAGUUGGAGGGUCUCCCAGUCACCCCCUUCAUGGAUAGGGACAAAGUAACCAAGCCGUCAUCCCAAACAGGCUUCAUCAGAUUUGUCCUUCUGCCUCUCUUCAUCGAGCUGGCCAACCUUUUCCCCUGCCUGGAGCAACACAUCAUUGACCCGGUACGGAAGGCUCUCGACUACUACACAGAGAUGGAGAAAGCACUGGAGAGGGAGAAACAGAACCGGGCUCAGAGUGAGAAUGCAGCAAAGAGUAAGGAGACCACUGUGGGCCCACAGAGGCCAGCUGACAGCCACACAGAUGCUGGGUCUGAAGAAUCACAAGCAGACGCACAGUCCACUGUUGGAAGAACUGCCUGAAUCUUAAGUAUCCUAUCUCAACAUUGUGUUAUUUUAGAUUGAUUGAGAUGUAUUUGAUGUAUGUUUAACUUGUUUACUUACUGGGCUGAGCACAGGUACUGUAUGCCGUUCGAAUCCAUUUUGGUUGUAGUUUUGAUGUAUGUAGUAUUAAAUGUAAUGUGAUGAGGUGGAAGCUAGCUUUUACUUCAUGAGUUCAAUACAAGUUAUCAACAGUAAUACAUUUUAAAAGACUAUUUCCAAGUACAGUAGAGAGUUGCCUAAAUUAUGAUUUAUGCUAGAAAAAUAUGUGACGAAUGAUUAGUCUUUGAUGACCUUGACCAAUUUUUAUUAAAGUAUUGCCUUAUUUCACUGUUGCCAAGGAUAUCCAUAAGAAAUUGCAUUUUCUUAUGAAAUCUCUGGAGUUUUUUUGUAAAUGAAAUAAACUGUUUAAUUUUUUAAACUGU